AUGAUAUCGCAGCGGGACAGAGGAGAACUGGCUCGGUUUUAUACUGUCACAGACCCUAAAAAGCACCUGAAAGGCUACACUGUGUACAAAGUCACCGCAAGGAUAAUCUCCAGGAAGAACCCAGAGGAUGUCCAAGAGAUAACAGUAUGGAAGAGAUACAGUGAUUUCCGGAAGCUUCAUCAGAACCUCUGGCAGCUGCACAAGAAUGUAUGUAGCCAGUCGGAGCUGUUUCCUCCCUUUGCCAAGGCCAAAGUGUUUGGUCGUUUUGAUGACUCAGUAGUCGAGGAAAGACGACAGUGCUCUGAAGAUCUGCUCCAGUUCUCAGCUAACAUUCCUGCUCUCUACAGUAGUCAGCACAUCCAAGAUUUCUUCAAGGGAGGUGAGGUCCACGACGGCUCGGAGCUCAUCGGACCAGCUGAGCCUUUUUCUGACUUCCUGGCAGACAGUCUAUCAGACUGCAGCUCUGACGUUCAAAGAGACAUCAGUGGUGCGGAUGAUUUGACUAUCACAUCUGAGUAUGGAGGCCCGUCCAGUGACAGCGACCUGACCUCCCUGGCUGUGGAUACAGACUCUUUGGCUGGGCUGGAUGAUGGCAUGGCCUCGGGCCGCACCUCCCCAAACCAGCCACAGGGGGGAGCCACCAACUUUAGCAGCAGCUGCAGCCCUCGCUUGCCCUCCUUGCAUGAUCGUCGCACCCCAUCUCCUGCACCUGUCCCUGCCUCCUCAGCCCCUAACCCCGAGGUCAGCUGGCCAGGCCGAACACCACUCUUCUCCGGCAGCCUGAAGAAAGCUGGCGGUGGCAACCCCAAAGACGUGAAGUCAGACUACUUAGACAGAGCCAGUGAGCUCAUCUGUUUGGCUGUACAGAAGGAGAAAGAGCAGGACUUUCAGGCAGCUUUCUCCUGCUAUCGCAGCGGAGUGGACCUGCUGCUGCAAGGAGUGCAAGGUGAGCCCAGUCCCACGCGGCGAGAGGCAGUGAAGAAGAAGACUGCUGAGUAUCUGAUGCGCGCGGAACAUAUAUCCAGUCAGCAUCUGGGAAGCAACAUGGGUCAGGGGUCGACACAGACAGUGGCUUUGGGGGCACAGUGCUGCCCGUCCACCAGCAGAGGAGGCCAGCAGAGUUCAUCUGAGGAGCUGAGAGCUUACAGGGUGUUGGGGGUCAUAGAUAAGGUUCUUUUGGUCAUGGACAAGAGAACACAAGAGACGUUCAUCCUCAAAGGUCUGAGGAAGAGCAGCGACUGUGGACGCACAAAGAGGACAGUCAUGCCUCACUCUGUGCCCCAUAUGGUGCAGCUGAGGAAGUUCAUCGUCUCUGAAGACACAGUUUUCCUCUUGCUGCAGUACGCCGAAGGUGGAAAGCUGUGGUCUCACAUUGGAAAGUACUUGCGUAAUUCCAGCCCGGAGGAGAGCUUUGACAUUCCUUUCAUCCAGAAGAGCCACACAGCGGCUGUCCACUCUCCACAACAUGUUGUACCACAGCUGGAUGCUUGUUCAGCCAGUUCUGGUUCUGGAACAGUUGCUUGUUCUGAUUCUGUCUCAGGGCUGCAGAACAAAGGGGAGAAAGUCAGCGCGUCACCUCAGAAAAAUGUUCUCCCUUCAAGGCUCAUCGAACAAACCGGGGCCCAGUCGGACUCCGGGGCCACCUCUGAGGAGGAGUGCACCAACAGCUAUUUGACACUUUGCAAUGAGUACGAACAAGACAAAGUAGAACCAGAUGCACUAGAAGAGGAGGAAGAGAAGAGUGAACAGGAAGUGCUGUCACUGGAGGUACCCGCUGGGACGACCACCACUUCCUCACGUAGCCGCUCGCUGCUCAGCAAUGACAGCCUCUCUUCACCCAUCAGCUCUCAGGAACUCGGCUUUUUCACAGAGUCGUCCGAAAAAAGUGGCCACACCCUUGACAUUGAGCAAUACCGUGGCGAGGGACAGGACAAUAGUGAUGUGUUCAGUCCUUUGCCCUCCCCUGCUGUGCCUCUGUCUUUGGAUCAGUCCAAGCACACGCCAAUGGAGUUUUUCCGCAUUGACAGUAAAGACAGUGCAAGCGAGGUGACCUGUGUCGACUCAGGAGAGCAGCGCACCUCUCAUAAGCCAGUCCCUGUCUUUUCUACAUCCGACCUGGGCUCGGAUGUCACUGACGAUCUUCCAGAGCUGGCUCAGGAGGUAAAGGGCCACAGCUCGGAGCUUUGGGGGUUUGACUGUAGCGAUAAAGGCUCCAAUGAAUCAGUGCCAGUCAUAUCAUUUAAAGAGGCGGUAGUAGAGGACGAGGGUCACCCGCCAGACCUUUUGGUCAACCUCCCUGUAACAGGUGGGACCGUAGACUCCUUACAGGAGGAAUUUGAAACUUCAGGGGUGUGUCUGGGCCUCGAGGCCACAGCCUCUCCUCAGAAGCUCAUCCAGCCUGAUGUUUUACAGCUUCCCAGCCAGCCUGAGGAGGAGGAGGAGGAGCAGCCACUGGAGCAGGAGCUUUCAUCUUUUUUUACAGCCUCUGCAAACUGUGACACCAGUGUUGCAUCUUCCUCUCCCUUUAACUCGCUUUGGGAUGACUGCAGCUUGGUGUUUGGGCAAGAGGCCUCUGACAAAAUGGAGGUUCAUCCUGCAUGCCAAAAUAACGACCUUCCCUUUGACCUUCCAGAUACUGACACGCUUAAGGAUAAACUAGGGACCAGUUCAAGAAGAAAUACAGACUUGAAUCCAGACCCCAAAAGCCCAGCCACAAACGGGACUGAGGCCUGUGCAGUGGUUGAGACUUUAUUAGAUCUUGAUAAUGAAUCAUCAAGAGUUAUUAGUAAUACAGGUGGCAGCGAAUUUGAUAAAGAAGUAUCGCGGCUGUUCGCAGAGCUGGACGAGCUGUCGCUGGCUGCAUCCCAAGCUCGUAUCCCGGAGGACUUUGUACGAUGCUGGGCUGUGGAGAUGGUGACAGCGCUGGAUUCUCUGCACCAAGAGGGCAUCAUCUGUCGAGACCUGAACCCCAACAACAUCCUGCUCGACCACCUAGGUCACGUUCAGCUCACCUACUUUUGUAGUUGGAAUGAUGUGGAGGAGUCCUGUGACAAAGAGGCCAUCGCCAAUAUGUACUGUGCACCAGAGGUGGGAGGUAUCAGUGAGGAGACGGCAGCGUGCGAUUGGUGGAGCUUGGGCGCGGUCCUGUUUGAGCUCCUGACAGGCAUGUCACUGCUGCGGUGCCAUCCAGCGGGAAUUGGUCGCCACACCGCUCUCAACAUCCCCGAGUCUGUUUCAGAGGAGGCCAGAUCUCUGCUGGAGCAGUUGCUCCAGUACAACCCAAUGGAGAGACUGGGGGCAGGUGUGGGAGGUGUGGAUGAUAUCAAAUCCCACCCUUUCUUUGCCAGAGUGGACUGGCCCAAAUAGACGCUGUGCAUUGUGGGACUGCGGGAACCAGAACUGCAUGCUGGGAGACUGGCUGUCCUGAAUGAACUCCCCUCAGACUGGACACUCAAAUAGAUAUAAAGUAAAUACAGAUUAUGCAUUUCUGCACACACCACUCAUUUUGUGUAUGGCCACUCAGUCCCCAUGUACUUUGUUUUUUGUUUUGUUUUUUUUUGUAUGGAAUUUGCCAAGAAGCAGUAUUACCUUCCCUGUAAAUUGCUCAUGUCUUUAUCUCACAGAGGGUUUACUGUGUAACCUUUUUGGUGCAGGGAACACUUAACAACAUGUGUGGUGCAAUAAUUUAUACAUUUACAAGUGCUGGUACUGAGUGAUGAUCAACGACUACAUUGUUGCUUUUACACUCCUCAUACAUGAGCUGUAAGCCAAAUGACACAAGUGAGAAUGAAAGGUGACAUUUAUCUGUUUUCACUGCAUUAAUUAAGUUCUUUUUGUCAUCCAUUUAAACUGACAUAGAUUGAAAGCUGAGGUAGGCUGAAAUCUGGAAAAGGGAAAAAACAGCAGAAUUUGAAAAUUCACCCUCCUCCCACCAGACGAUCACAGACAUAUGCACCCACAGUGUUUCCUUACAUGGAGUUAAAUAAUCCUAUUUCCUUGUAGAGUUGCACACAGCUCAUUUGCUCAGCCCCUUCUUGCCACCCCUUUGCAAAUUAGACAAGUAUUAGCUAGCUAGGCACUCCAGCAUCCCUCUGCCUUGCUUCCUUACGCUGUGGACUGCUUCCAUGGGAGGAGAGCGGGCAGCAUCUCAGGGGACGGACCUUUGGUCAGCAGCUGAAAUUCAGCCAGCGCACACCUCCACAGCAGGCUGGGGACUAACCUGUGUAAUGGCAGCAACAGAAAGUUUGCUGAUCCGGCAGGUACUCAGGGCUGUCCGGCCACUUCCCCAGAGUUGGGAUUUGUGCUUGCUGGAUUCGGAUAGCUGUGGCCGCUUACUGGGGGUCUUUCUCCGAAGCUGCUGCCCACUUUCCUACCGGUGAGGUGGUCUGUAGCAGCGGGAAGUGAGGUGGAGGACUCCCUGUGAUUCGAGGCUCUAAUAGUAGCUACGUGAAGGUGAACUUGAAGCCACAGCCUUUAGCUCUGGUUAGCAGAAGGUUUUCUCUUCAUCUCUGAAACGCUUCACAGAUAUUAACAAGUGUUUUUCGGGUUGCUUUACAGUAUAGGUGCCAAUACUUGAAUAGCAACAUUCUCAGCAGGACCUACUGAAUCGGGCCUUCACCGAAGGGAUGUGCACACAUAUCUGCAUAUGUGGAACAGCCAUUAGGAACGCUCUCUUUUUGAAAUAACCUGUUAUUGGCCAUAGUCUCCUGUUACAGCCUAAAUCUUCUAAGGCCUGAAAACACAGCCAAGAGGAGGUGCAGAAGUCUAGUCUUCUCAGUCCACUUAAAUUACAAUGUGAUCAAAGUUUAUUACGGGAUUUUGCCCAUUGAAGCCAAACUUAAGCCGCCUACCCCAGCUUUAAGUCUGCUUUCCUGAGAACACACGUGCAAUACACUCAGUUUGUCGCCACCUAUAACACUUUCAUCAUUCCUCAGAGAGCCCACUGAGAUUAGCUGUGAGUGAGACAGGUUGAGCUUCUUAUUUGAUGCUGGGUUUGCGUUGAACUGAUGUAGGAACAGAUAUGAUAUCUCAUUUCCUACGAGACUUUUUUGCCAAACCCUUUUACAGCCAACCAGCCCACAUACAGUAACAGAGAUGGACACUAAACAAGGUAAAUGAACAAAAUAUUUUGAUGUAGAAGAUGGUUUUGUUGUUGAGUAAAGUGUUUAGUUAUAUGAAGAUUGAAUUAUUUAAUAGAUUAUAGCUGGAACAGAGUGCGUUUUUUCAUAUAUUGAAGAAAGAAUAAAAAAGAAUGAGGCUUCAACCACACAUCUGAUACCAGCCCUUUUACAGAUUGUUUUUAUGAAUAACAGAGGAAACUCUCUUUACUGUACAACACUGCAUUUUCUGCAUGGGAGAAUAUGAUUUACAUAAUAUAUUUAAUACUAUGGAAAAUGUAUCAAACAAUAAAUAAUACGUGUCUUGUAAAUAGACCUUUUAAAGGAUGUCGUGCUAAGUGAGAGGUACACCCAGGUCUCAAAGCCUCAAUAAUGUCCAACUUAUGUCAAUCACUUACUGCCUCAUCAAUCAAAUCCUUUUUAUUUUGAUUGUUUUAUGUUUGAGCGACACAUCUGCUAACUUGCAACGCAGAUCUUAAUGCAGAUUUUGUAAUAUCUACAAUGACUGAAUUACAUGGUAAACAUUGCCAUGGUGACAUUACAUGCCAUAUAUCACUUCAUGUAUAAUCAGAUGAGACUUACUGCAGCAUAUAUCAAACGCAUUGUGAUACACGUCUCUAACAACACAGAUAAUCACUCCACUGUAGAUGCUGCACUCUGUUGUACUCCACUGCACUGCGAUAUAUGUUAACUGACACAUUCUGUAAAUUACCAGGUCCACAUCUCAACUAUUAACCCUUUUUAUCAGACAUAAACACCACAGUGAGAUCAGAUUCUGUUUUCUAUUGGAUGCUCACUCCUGUCUGUGCUGUGUAACUGUACUGGUCUGUCAGUGCACCCUGGAUAACAAUAAACUUACCUGGAUGAGAA